AUGUCCUCAUCCAACGCUACCCGAACCUUUGAGAACGAUCCAAACUACAUGCUGCUCUACUACGCGGUGAAGAUUAUGACAGGAAAACCUGACUUCGAACUCAUCAAGGCAAAGACCGGAAUCAUUUCGACCGCUGCUGUCAAGAAGCGGUUCGAGCGUCUUCUCAAAGCCCAAGAUGAUGUUGAGGAUGUUAAUGGAACUGCGGCCACUGCUGCUACCGACGCGGCUCCUGAUCCAGCUUCGCCUUUGACUCCUACUGCUACAGCCACUACACCCUCAAAAGCUGGCAAGCGUGGUGGAGGAAAGGGAAAGGGUACUAAGAAUGGCGGAAAUGAAGCGAAGAUCAAAAAUACUACUACCAAGGCUACACCCAAGAAGCGCAAGGUAGCGGAUGUGGAGGACGAGCUGGUGGAUGAUGAGGAGAAUGCUGGUGAUUCGCCAAUGUCAGUCAAGGAGGAUAUCGACGAAUAG